GCUGGUAACGCAGAUGCGAUCAAGAUCAGCUCUCUGGCAAUGCUGGCUGACACAAGAGCCAAUAAGCCAAAGAUCACAUUUCUGCACUAUGUGGUUGAUGUGGCUGCAUCCAAUGAUGCCAGUAUGCUAGCAUUCAGAAGCAAGGUUGCCGAUUUCCAGAGAAUGUCAAAGACACCGUUUGCAGCCCUCGAAGAGGAGGUGAAUUCAUUGGUGGAGGGAGUAAAAGACAUCAGCAAGAGAAUCGAAUCGAGCCAAGUGUCUUCUCAAUUCGGUGAUUUCUUCCACAAUGCGAAACAACAGGUGGAUUGUCUUGUCAAGAAAUUGAAGAAAAUUCGAGAGGUGAAAUCUCAACUGGCAGUUCACUUGUGUGAGGAGCCUGCUGCUUUCCAGCUGAAUGACUGCUAUCAGCUAUUUGCUGACUUCUUCACCAAAGUCAACAAAGCUUUUCAAGAAAACGAUCAGAUGAAGAAAUCUGAGGAAAAAGCUGCAAAAUUGAAGGCUGAAAAGUCGACCAACAACAAGGUUGUAAAAGCGAAGAGAAGAACAUUAGACAGCGAAGUCGAACAGCUCAUCAACGAAGUGAAAAAUGGGGCAUACUAGAUGGAGUAACCACUGGAUCAAGGUGCUAGAUGUAAUAUCAUCAAUGGUUCAACACACUAAGAAGUCACCAAGUUAGCAAAUUCUUCAAUGACAAUAGACAAUGGAUUGUCUUGCUCUGAUGAGUUGAUACGUAAAUAGUUAUUGAAUUUCUAAUGUCUAGUCCAGAGUCUUGUA